AUUCCAACUACAGACAAACAUUAAAGAUAUAAAUAUAAAAAAAUACACACAUAUUAAAUAUACCAAGAUUCCGUAAUCAGGGUCAUUUAUACUUGUGAUCUCUAGUUUAUAUAGAAAUAAUAUUAAAUUAUAAAAAUGAGCGAAUACGAAGGGAAAAUUAAAUAUAUUGAGGAUAACAUUAGGAGUUAUCCUGAUUUUCCUAAGCAAGGAAUUCUGUUCAGAGACAUUUUCUCAGCACUCGCAAAAGGGCCUGUCUGCAAAACUUUAAAAGACGUUAUCAUAGCAUACAUUAAAACCCAUUGCCCUCACAUCGAUUGUGUAGUCGGUUUAGAAGCAAGAGGAUUCCUAUUUUGCAUGUUAAUCGCUGCAGAACUGGGAAUAGGUUGUGUACCGAUAAGAAAAAAAGGCAAAUUGCCUGGAAAGACUGCAAGUGUCUCAUAUCAAUUAGAAUAUGGAGAGGAUGUUUUUGAGUUGCAAACAGACAGCAUAAUGCCCGGACAAAAAGUUUUAGUAGUUGAUGAUCUUUUAGCAACAGGAGGUACUAUGGCUGCUGCAGUUGAUUUAUUACAAAAAGUGCAAGCAGAUGUCGUGCAAUGUUUAGUCGUAAUGGAGUUAAAAGACUUGAAUGGCAAAGAUAAAGUUUCUGUACCUGUUCAUUCCCUUAUUACAUACUGUGAUUAAAACUCAGAAACUACAAAAAAGUUCUGAGAAAACAAAUACCUCAGUAAAUCGAAUGUCUAGAAAAUAUUAAAUCUAACAUAGAAGUAUUUAUCUACAUAUCUGCUUUCAUGCAUUUAAAUAUUAUAAUACCAAUAUUAUACUUCUUAGCAUUUUUAUAUAUUUAUUGUUACUUAAUUUUUUUACAAAACCUUGUUAAUGUAUUA